AUGAAGACUCUGACUCUCCUCUCCAUCUGCGCCCUUCUGUCAGUGUGCUGGUCCAUGGGAGCUGUGGAACCAGAGGUUGUUGUGGACCCUGCUGUUGACACAGCUGCUGAGGCCGCACCUGAUGACCCCGCAGCUGCAGACCCUGCAGCUGCAGACCCCGCAGCCACAGACCCCGCAGCUGCAGACUCUGAUUCAUCCUCUUCCUCCUCUUCUGAGUCCGAUUCAGCCUCAUCCUCCGCAUCAGACUCCAACUCUUCCUCAGACUCGUCAGCAUCUGAUUCUAACUCAAGCUCCGACUCAUCAGCCUCCGAUUCGUCCUCCUCCUCCGAAUCCUCCUCCUCCUCCUCAUCUGAGUCCUCUGAAUCCUCUUCCUCCGAGUCCUCCUCCUCUGAGUCCAAUUCUUCUGCCUCCGACUCUUCAGCAUCCGACUCCUCUGCCUCUGAUUCUUCCUCCUCUUCUUCUUCUUCUUCAUCCUCCUCUUCUUCAUCAGAGUCAGCCAGCACUGAGGCUGCUCCAGUGGUUAUGAAGAGAGACCUGGCUGCUGUUUUCCUGAGGAGAAGAAGAGCUGCCCCAGCAGGAGACCUCACCCCUCUGCAGCUGGAGAGCCUGAGAGAGGUGUGUGAAGUGAACGUCGCCUGUGACGAGAUGGCGGACACUGCAGGCAUUGUUGCUGCAUAUACCGCCUACUAUGGUCCCGUGCCCUUCUAAGUUAAAGACUUUUCUUCCAUCCACAUGUGAACUCUUUUCCUUUGUCCUUUUUUGUA